UUGUGUUCGGACGUCGAAACUAAAACUUUUAGUGAUCGUGAAGAACAUCUAACAAACCCCGAUAAAUUGAACUAUACUAAGGGACGGAAGUUGAUUUUAAUACAGAUGAAGGAAUUAUUCAAGAGACAGUUUGAUUACACGGUUUCGAAACUUGUAGCUUUCAUAUUUAUUCAAUUCUUGGUUCCUUUUGUUAUGUGCAUCCUCCUAACACAACUGUUUACCAACGCAAAUGAAAAGGAGUUUUUUGUUAUGGAUCUGUACGUGUACAGUGAAGUAGACGCACCUGUAGCCACGUACAACUAUCGAAGCAACUCACCGGAUAUUGUAAAGACUAUAGAUACAAUAAGGAAUCUUUACCCUAAUCUAAUAUUACAAGAGACGAAUAGAAAUCAUAACAAACGCUGCACCUGCAAGAAAUGUAAAGAACAAUCGAAGGCCCUACUGACAAGGAGUAUAAUUGACGUGUACGUAGACGAACAGGGAGCGUCGCUGCGUUACGAUCCAACAGUCAAGCACUCGGCUGCCGUGGGUCUCAACCUACUUAGCAAUAUCAUCGCUUCUCAGCGUCUUCAACGAGACGGCAAGACUAUCAACAUGCAGCUAGUUUUUGGACAUUGGCCGUCGAUGAAACCGAAAGACGAAAUCAAUUGUAUUUUGUUUGUCAUUUUCAAUAUUUUCAUUAUAAUGGCGACGGCCAUUAAUGACGUAGCACUACCGUGUAGGGAACGAAUAACUAAUUCGAGGUACUUACACAUAAUGGCUGGCUGCCCUCCCGUACUGUACUGGAUCGUCACCCUCGUGUAUCACAUGACAAGUUACAUGUUGCUCUACUGCAGUGGCACUAUGGUCGCUGCAGCGUUUUUUGAUACUGAUCACACUUUGAACAAUAGUGCCACAUUGAAAGCCUAUUUCCUCGGACUUUUUCUCUGCGGGAUAAGCUUUUAUGUAUUCGCUUAUUUUCUGAGCUAUUUCUUCAACGAGAAGACUACUGGGGUGAUUCUUUUGACACUCGUGAUUAUAUUUGGUUUAUUUACUCCACUGGUGAUGUUUGGAUUUGAAGCACUCGGUGUACCCCUAAAAACUGGAAUUUUCUUCAAUUUUUUAAACAAUAUCGGCGUGCUGAUUCCGCCGCACAUGUUCACGCAGACGAUCAAAAAGAUGACGGACGUUUCACGUUUCAACGCGUACUGCUCUCAUUACUAUCAAUUUUGCCCAGCCCGUACCGUUUUACCGAAUAAUUUCGAUACAAGUAUAUGUUGCGACAGGUCUCUGGAGUACGGUGCAUGGUUCAACCAUUACACAAUGUCUGAGUAUGGCAUGGGAAAAUCGCUUGUGGUUGUCAUAGCUCAGAUAGUCGUCUUUACUAGCCUAGUACUCCUGCUUGAAUAUCGACUAAUAAGUCGGUUAUGGAGUGAGGUGGAAAAAAGGCGUACGCUUGUACUGCCCACCAGAAAGUAUGAUAGCUCUGAUGUUGCUGAAGAGAAGCAGUACGUCAGUAACACAAUCAUAAGAUCUAAGGGAACCAUAAAAGAGGUGAUGCUCGUAAGCCGAACAUGGAAGGCAUAUUUUAAACUAUUUGAAAAACCUACGUUUGCUUUAAAGGAUCUCAACUAUUCCGUAAAGGAAGGAGAAUGCUUCGGUAUUAUUGGCUUAAAUGGCGCCGGGAAGACAACCAAUUUCAAAGUGAUCACACGCCAAGAGUAUCCUACAAGAGGAACUAUAUAUGCUAAUGGAUAUUUCGCUGAUGCUCACCCCGCUGAGUAUCUUCGUGGACUGGGUUACAGUCCCCAAUCUUUUGGUUUUGACAACUUCCGAACUGGUGAGGACAAUCUACGCAUUCUUAUGGCCCUACGAGGUCUCUCAAAGGAAGAUAUCAAGAAUGAAACUCGCGCAUGGCUCAGUAUAAUCGGGCUACAUGAGUACGGCGGGCGACGUACGGUGGACUACAGCGGUGGUAUGACGCGGCGGCUAGCGGUGGGCGCGGCGCUGUGCGGCGGCGCGCACGCUGCGCUGCUGGACGAGCCCACGGCGGGCGUAGACACGGCCGCCAAGCGCCAAGUGUGGCUAGCGGUCAAGCGCGCCCUCACACACGGCCGCUGCGUGGUGCUAUCCUCACAUAACAUGGAUGAAGUAGAGCGCCUGUGCAAUCGUGUGACGAUUCUGGACUCCGGCGAGAUGGGGGCGCUGGGUUCUCCCAACAGAUACAAGGAAUCGUACGCACCAGGACACACCGCCGUUUUUAAAUUACGUGUAAAUUCCGUUUUAAGCUCGGUGGGAGCAAUUAGAGUGCAGUCGCUUAAGGAUUUCAUGGACCACGAGUUUGACUGCUUCCUGAAGGAUGAACAUUUGACAACCCUUCGGUUUACGAUAAUGGAGAAUUUGGCGUACAAUGUGAUUUUUAUCAAAUUGGGUUUCCUUGCGGCGGAGUUCGACGACAUCGUGGAGGACUACUCGGCCUACGAUGCGAACAUGGAGGACGCGUUUAUGCAUUUUGUCAAAGAGAGCCGUUACUCGAUCCGACCUAUUGAGACUUGGUAG